AUGUACAGACAUCACUUCCCCGACCCCUACCACCACCACCCGGGUGCAGGGUUGGCUGCAAAAGUGCGGAGUCCGCAGGGGUGGCCUGGGAGAAUCCACCCCCUUCUCCCCCGACACCGCUGCCGCCACGCUGGCGUUCAUUGGCACGGCGCAGGAGAAGAGGAGUUGGGAGCGCUCAACCCCUCUUCCCCUCCCCUGGCAUCUUCCCGACAACCCUGCGAGGUAGGUACGAUCGAGAGGGAGAAAAGGCCUGAUUGGCCCAAAGGGAGUUCCAUGCAGGGCGGGCACUGGAAGCCUGGUUCCCCCAGGCGCGACCCGGAGGGCUGGCAGCUUGCGGCGCCGCCUGGGUCCCGACCAAGGAGGGCCGUGUCUGGCCACGCCUCCCCGGGGGGCCAAGCACGAGUCCGCCCGCGGCCAGCCGCGUUCCGGGGCGCUGAGGUCAGCGCCGAGCCCCGCCGAGGAGCGUCACGGAGGUGCGCUCAGGCUCCGCCUCUGGCGCGCCCCCUCGCCGAGGUAUCGCAGAAAGUCCCGCAGGCGCGGGCAGCCGAGGAGGAAGCGCAGCGCCGCCGGGUCGCUUCUUGGGCACGAGGCGCGGCCAUGGGGCGCCCCGGCCCGCCGUGCCUGUGGACCCUGGUGGUGAGCGUCGCGCUGGUGGUCGCUUCGGACCCAGUGAAAAAUCAAGCUGCCAGAUCGAAAGGGAGAACUUUCAUUCGUCAGAGGAUCAAUGCAAGCAAUAGCUCAGAAGAUGCAUACGGUGUGGAUGAGUUUGCAGCUCAGAUCCUUACUGGGAAAUUGACUACAGUUUUCCUGCCUUUGAUCUAUAUUGUGGUGUUCGUUGUUGGCUUACCAAGCAAUGCCAUGGCUCUGUGGGUCUUCUUGGCAAGAACCAAGAAGAAGCAUCCAGCAGUGAUCUAUAUGGCUAACCUGGCACUGGCGGAUCUGCUUUUUGUGGUCUGGUUCCCCCUGAAGAUUGCAUACCAUGUCAAUGGCAAUAACUGGAUCUUUGGGGAAGGCCUCUGCAAAGUACUGGUUGGGUUCUUCUAUGGGAACAUGUACUGCUCCAUUCUUUUUAUGACCUGCCUCAGUGUACAAAGGUACUGGGUAAUUGUGAACCCCAUUCUUCACUCAAGAAAGAAGGCAGACAUUGCUGUGGGAAUUUCAGUGGCAAUAUGGAUUCUGAUUUUUCUGGGCACCAUCCCAUUGUACCUUGUCGACCAAACGGUUUAUCUCUCUGACUUGGGCAUCACGACUUGUCACGAUGUCUUACCCGACACGGUCUUGGCAGGCGACAUGUACAAUUACUUCCUUUCCCUUGCAAUUGGGGUCUUCCUAUUUCCAGCUGUUCUUACAUCUGCUGCUUACAUUCUCAUGAUCAAGACUCUGAAUGCUUCCAUAACAGAUGUGAAUAUUGGGAAGAAACGGAAAAGAGCCAUCAAGCUCAUCAUUACAGUACUUUGCAUGUAUUUGAUCUGCUUCCUGCCUAGCAACAUCCUGCUUGUGGUGCACUACUCCCAGAUCAAAAACCACCACGUUGGCGAUGUAUAUGCAUCAUACAUCACAGCACUGUGCCUGGCUACUCUGAACAGCUGCAUCGAUCCAUUCGUCUAUUACUUCGUUUCAAAAGACUUCAGGGACAAUCUUAAAAAUGCGCUUCUCUGUAGAAGCGUGCGCGCCACAAAGAGGAUGCAAGUCUCCCUCUCUUCAAACAGAUACCCACGGAAAUUCCCUUCUUAUUCGUCUAGUUCAAACACGACUAGGUCAACGUACUAA